GGGGAAAAAGCAGGAUGUUGUGCUGCCUAUAAUGUGACACCCCAUUUGUGUGUGUGUGUGUGAGUGUGAGUGUGUGUGAGUGUGAGUGUGAGUGAGUGUGUGUGAGUGUGUAUGUGACUGUGUGUAUGUGUGUGUGUGAGAGUAAAUGUGUGUGUGUGAGCAGUUUGUAGGUAGCUCCCUAGCUAGGCAGCCUUUUAGACUAAGUUAGCACUAGAUAACGUUUCAGAAUGCUUCACAGUUUAUCAUGUGUGGGCGGAGCUAGAAAAAGUGCAAAUCACUGAUUGGUCAAACACAAUUGUCGAAAAACCCAACCAAAAAAGCCCCACUCCCGCCCUGCGUCCCAGAUUGCGCUCUACGGAACUCAGAGUAGUACGCCACGAUCUGUUGUGUUCAGUUUGAGUGCUAGUAUGUGGUUUGGGGGCGUGGCCUUGUGAGCUAGAACCGUGUUCCUAUUAGACAUCUGCAGUUAUGUGCUCUCUGGGUGGGAGGGGCAUAUUCUGUCUCCCUUGUCAAUCACAGAGUCCUGGGUUUUUGUGAGCAGUUGUAUGUGGAAGAAGGCGCACAGCGCUCCGAAGCGACGGUGUUACGCCGCAGCAGUGGACGCAGGUGUCUGGCGUGACGCGUCUCGGAGGAAGCACACGAUGACGCUAACGUAACUCAACCUCACCUCUAAUGUUAGCUAGCUUAUAUGAUAUAAGAAGUUUUACGAUGACGUAGUAGUGUGCAGUUACACUAGCGAGCGUUCGUGAAUCAACAAAUGAUAAAGAACCGGCGGCGUAACACCGAGGCUCCUGAGUGCGACGCGUGCCGCGGGGACCAAUCAGCAACGGGAACGCUUUCUUCAGCAAAAAAAUCAUUUGUAAAAAAGGAAGUGUAGCAUCUGAUCAGCUCCCUGGUAGCAGUGAAGAAACGCUCGUAGUCCUACGGUAUCCGGUCCGCACAGGACCUCACCUCGCUCAGGUUUUUUGUGACGCGUGAUUCUUGCUGCGUGUUUUUAUUUUUUUUUAAAUUUGCGAUGCAGCUGGCGGAGUUUGUUCUGUGAACUGUGGAAUCUGCAAAAUGGCAAUCGCAGGAAAUCGUCCUGCGCGCUCUUCCUCAGCGGUGUUUGUUGCAGGUGAAAGUAAAACGAAGCGACUUGAUCACAUGCUCCGCGCCCGUGUCUGAGCGGGAAGCGUCGCAGGUGUCCCGUGAGCGCUGUGCAGCGUGACAGGAAGUCGUCUGUGCAGGUGACAGGAAGUCGUCUGUGCAGCACCAUGACGUCCACCGCCCCGUCCAAGAGGAUGGUGUCCUCGGUCUUCAUCACUCUGGCGUCUCCGUACAGAGCCACGGUCACGCCCACGCCGCAGAUCACGCAGCACUCGGCCGUCCCCGUCAGUCCCACCGCCGCACACAGGAAGUCCUCCACCUCCUCCGGUUCGGCCGCGGAGUCAGCACACGCCAUGUCUCCCGCCGAGGCCCGGCCCAGUCCUCUGGAGACCCGGAAAACACACAACAGCAAACCCGACUCUACACACACUCCAUACAGAGCGGGAAAGAGAGAGGAGAAACGCGCAGAGGAGUUUCUCCCUCCUCCCCCUGCAUCUCUGGACUCCGGGGUCUUUGAAACCCCGCCCCCUCCACCCCCUCCACCACCCACCUACCCUCUGUCUGACCCCAAACACAACCCACCGGCCUCCACACGCGAGGUGUGUGUGGAGAGAGCGCCUCCUGCUGAUCAGAGUCAGAACGAGCCGACUGCAGGAGUUCCCACUGAAGAGGGGAUUACACCGGAUGUGUGUGGGUUCUGUCGUAAGCCCGUGGCCUUGAGCGAGCCGGCGAUCGAGGCGCUGAACAGGACGUACCACAGCAGUUGCUUCCAGUGCCGACAGUGUCACGCUGCUCUCGCCGGGAAAAUGUACUACAACAAGGCCGGGAUCCCUCUGUGUGAGGACUGCUACCAGGCCAGUCUGGAGCCGUGCUGGGCGUGCGGCGAGGUCAUCAAAGAUCACGUGAUCCGGGCGCUGGAACGAGCCUAUCACCCGCCCUGCUUCGUGUGCACCACCUGCAGGCAGCCAAUCGGAGAGCAGCGUUUUGCACAGGGGGAGGUGGGGGAGGUGUACUGCCUGCACGACUACUACAGGAAAUACGCGCCUCAGUGCAGUGUGUGUGGCGAGCUGAUAAUCCCGAGAGAGGAUGGGACAGACAGUUACACGGUCGAGUGUCUCGGACGCUCUUUUCAUGAGGACUGCUACCACUGUGAGUUGUGUGCGGUGCUUCUUUCCCCGGAGCCCAACGAACACGGCUGCCACCCGCUGGACGGACAGAUCCUGUGCAAACCCUGCCAUCUCUCUCUGAUCCAGACGAGCCAGCACUGAUCCCGCACUGAUCCCGCUGAAGGACACACGGACACGCGCUAGUUUCUGUCCUUACGUCAUUCUGCAUUCGUGCUCUCGGACCAAAACACUCGAACUCCGACGCUAAUACAUUUAAUGUGAGGAAAAAACACCUAAUGUGGCUUAACAUGCCAAAAAACCCCACCUGAAACUCCAAAUAUGGAACAAAAUGAGAUAUUUAACUGGCCAGCUAGUCAGCUAGAUAUCUCUGUGAAAUUCUGAAAACUCAAACUGCGCUUAAUUAUUUGAUCCAUUUCCUAUUGUAUGAAAAAAAAAAAGAAUGUUUGAAUGUUUUGUGGCUGGUGUAUAAUCGAUCGAUUCUAAAUGAAAUUUUCACGAACUCGGCUAAGCUUUAUAACUAGCUACUUGGCUAAUCACCUUAGACAUAAAAACCUACGCGUUUCGCUGUUAUACUGUAUUAUUGAUGAACGGGAGGGUUCCUUUCACUCAUAUCUGAAAUACUGGCUACAGUUUAGUAAAAAAAAACGGUUUGUGAUUUCUCCAUAAAGUUCGUGCGACGUUGAUGGUGAUUAAUAAACACCGACUUUGUCGCACGUCGUACCUGCUGUCUGAUAAUCCUCGUCUCCUAGAAUUCACAUCAGGUUCGUUUGUGUUACGCCUGCGCUAACUGCUAAUCGGUCCCUUAGCCCGCAGGCUACACUAGCAUUACCUGUGGUGUUUUCGACGCUAGCAUUAAAAUGAAUCGUAGUGGGACUCCUCCUUUCUUUCGCACGCCGGCGUCUGGGACACUCAUUACUCUGUGAUCCUUUCGGAAAUGGACGAGAGCUACAGUGCUACACGACGGACAAAAACUCGCUGCUCUUGUUCGACCCAACGGUUUGGCCAAAGACGGAACGUACCAAAUUCCCACCGCCACUUUGAGUCCACACGCAGUGGAUCGGCCGAGACAUGAUCGUCGCCUGAAACGUACCUUUUUCUUUUUGCACUGAAGCUACGAGUCUGAUAUCAAGCCAGGGAAGUUAAUCAUUUUAGCAUUAGCGGUUUAGCAUGCUGGAGUCUUCAUAGAAGCAUUCUGUAACGUACAAACAUGUGUCGGAUGAUCGACGUUCACGUUUCAUCUUUGGCUAAAACGUUCCUUUGUUGGGAAUAAAGAUUGUAACCAGGAAUGCUACAGUACUGGGAAAGCAAACCUGCGGGAAUAUGCUUGUCUCUUUUUCUUUUUUUAAACAACGAUUACUUCACUAUUCGCUUAUUUUUGUAUUUAGACUCCUUCCAGUCUCUUCGUUUCCUUUUCAUUUUAUAGACGCUGUGACAGCACAUAUAUCAAACAUAUCCAGUGUAAUCACACUCUUUUUUUUGCACUCUUUGCGUAAUUCCGUGCACCAAAGAUAUUUAUUCCACAUUAAACAAGAUUCCAUGCUGUUUAUUAUUAUUAUUAUUAUUAGUGCAGAUAUUGAAUCACAUGAAAAUGUGUUUUUUGUUCUAAAUGAUGGAAGAAAAUAAACUGAUAUGUCUCAUAUUUCCA